AUGACCAAAGGAAGUCUAGCAUCAUUCCUACACGCUAGGGGCCCGGAAAUAGUGAUAGACUGGCCAACAAGGAUGAGAAUAGCCCUUGGAGUGACACGGGGCCUAUGCUACCUGCAUACACAAGAGAACAUGGUACAUGGGAAUCUCACUUCUAGCAACGUGCUACUGGAUGAGCAGACAAAUGCCCAUAUUACAGACUUCGGUCUCUCAAGACUAAUGACCACGUCAGCAAACAGCAACAUCAUCGCAACUGCAGGAAACCUUGGUUAUAAUGCACCAGAGCUCACAAAGACCAAGAAACCAAACACAAAAACUGAUGUCUAUAGCGUUGGUGUCAUCAUUUUGGAGCUCUUAACUGGAAAACCACCUGGUGAGCCGACCAAUGGCUUGGACUUGCCACAGUGGGUAGCAUCCAUAGUGAAGGAAGAAUGGACUAAUGAAGUGUUUGAUUUGGAGCUCAUGAGGGAUGCACCAACUAUAGGUGAUGAACUGCUCAAUACUCUGAAAUUGGCUCUUCAUUGUGUGGAUCCAUCCCCAGCUGCUAGGCCUGAAGUUCAGCAGAUUCUUCAGCAACUAGAAGAGAUCAAGCCAGACUUAGCUUCUGCUACUUCUGUGGAUGACGGAGCAAAAGUCCCAGAAACUGAAUAA